UUUUCCCUAAUAUCCGUGAACUUAGCGAGACCUAGUUUUAUCGGCGCUUUCUUCGUUUUUUUGUAUUUAUGAAACGCAUCAACUAGACAAGAUUUGACACAAGAUGGACCAUUCAAAGAAAUCUGUUCUUUUUAUCUGUCUCGGAAACAUAUGUCGCUCCCCAAUAGCAGAAGCUGUCUUUGCUAAGUUGGUCAAGGAUGCUGGGAAACAAAAUGAGUGGAACAUUGACAGUGGCGCUAUUGGUAAUUGGCAUGUAGGAAAAGGACCAGAUCGCCGUGCAAUUUCUGUGUUAAGUAAGCACAGUAUAUCUACAAGUCAUAAAGCAAGACAGAUAAAGAGUAGGGAUUUCUCAGAGUUUGACUACAUUUUUGGGAUGGAUGAAGAUAACAUGGAUGACCUCAAAUCCAUGGCUCCUACGAAUUCAAAAGCCAAAAUUGAAUUGCUGGGAACGUACGAUCCCCAAGGAGAACUGAUUAUACGAGACCCAUAUUAUGACAAUGGAGAAGAGGGCUUUGAGAAAUGUUACCAGCAGUGCAUGCGGUGCUGUGCAGCUUUCUUGGAACGAAUGGGCUAACCGGUUGCAAACCUAAGUGCAAAUAUGAUACUGAAUAAGUUUCGGGCCACCAAUCUCAACGUUCAGUGCAAAAUACAUUCUGAACUUAAAUCCUAAUGGCAUGUUUUUUACCUCAGGCAAUCUUUUAUUGGUAUGCCAUCUCAUGGUAUAAACUAACUGCAUCCACAUUUGCAGUUAUAGUUAUAAUACGAAGGCCGGUCAUGACUGGUAGCUGUGUAUUUCUUUCGUACAUUUUAAGGACACAGCUAUCCACCAUUAAAUAAUACAAAAGAUAGGCAGCACA